AUGUUUCUGUCGCAAAUAGAACCGUUAUUUUGGAAUUACUGGGCUAAUAUUGUAUAUAUUCUUGGCAGUAUUGGCUAUAUGUUUAUGAACUUGUUUUGUUUAGUAUUUUGUAUUAAUAAAUUCGUUUAUGCGUCAUUCGUUUUGUAUGUUAUUCUUGCCAUUUUGUUUGUAAUUGACGCCAUUUUAUAUACAAUUGAUUGGUAUACAUAUGCUGUUCUAUUACGUAAGAGUAAAAAUAUUCCAAUAAAUUAUAAAGCUGAGUUUACGGCAUGUAUUUUUCAAAUACUGGGUAGUUAUUGUUAUUUAUUAGGGGCGAUACUGGCUGAAAAUAAAACCAAAUAUAUGCCAAAAAUACUUGCCUUGAAUGUUGCUGGUAUAUUUAGUCUUGUUCUUGAAGCAACCUUUAUCAUUGUUGGUUGGCAAAUAACUCUUAAAAACAAGACAUAUUUCAAUCGUGGAUGUUGCGCACAAGGCAUUUAUCUGUGGGCACACGUUCUUAAUUUAACAGCAGAUCUCAUUUAUUUAUUAGCAACAAUAAUUGCCGUACUACGUUUUCAAAUGGAUUUGAUAAGAUAUCCAGCAACUGUUCAAUUGUUACAAAUUAUCGGAGAUAUUGUCUAUGUUGUUGACUCGUUACUUUAUAUGAGAUGUUAUAUGAGAGAGAAAGAUGUUCUAGAAGAAAAACGAGCCAAAGAGAAUAAUGAGAAGGAAACUGUUUCUCAACAGAAAUACGAUAAUCGUGGUCUAGAGUUAGAAUCGAUACUUGGUAACAACAAAUAG